UGUUUAUAGUUGGAAUUUAGAUCUCGUGUUUGUAAAUUGAUUUAGCGAUGGCUGAGAAGUGUGGAUCAGAGAAAGCAUCAAGUUCUUCACCGAACCUGAUAUGUCCAUUAUGUCUUGAUAUAUUUGUCGAGGCGACGAUCUUAACUUCAUGUGAACAUACAUUUUGUAGGCGAUGCCUCAAGAAAUACGAUCUAACCCACCAGGACCUUGAUCACAUGGUCUGUCCUCUCUGCAGGGAGAUCACCAAGUUGUCUGCCAACCGUGUCGAUGAUCUCCGCCUCAAUGUCUCCAUCAACGGAUGCGUAGACGAUCACCACGCCAAGUGUGGAGGGAUGAAUGCUGUCCUCGAGAUGCGACCAAAAUGUUCUGGUUGCAAGCUUCAAGGAGAUGCUGUCUCAUUCUGCAGAACCUGUAAUAACUACAUAUGUGAUAAAUGUUUGCAAUGUCAUCAAUAUCUGUCAGUCUUUGAAGAUCAUGAGAUUGUCUCCAUUGAUGAUGUCAUCGAAGGGAAGGUCAGCAUUGGUCAUUUAUUCGAGAAGUGUUCCAUCCACAAACCAGAGAACAAGGACAUGUUUUGUGAGGUUUGUAAGGUCCAUGUCUGUCACAAGUGCGUACUCGUUGAUCAUCAAAAUCACAAAGUCAAGAACCAGGUUAACUUUGAGCAGGAGUUGCGACACAAGGUGACAGACCUUGCUCAGCGAUGUGCUGACAAGAAAGCAGAGCUGGAAAAGAACAUUCAGAACAUAGAAAUACAACGUCAUGAGGUACACACUGCAGUGCAGACACUACUAGAUGAUGUCAAGCAAGCCUACAGUAUCAAGGCCAAGGAGCUGGAAGAAAAUCUUCGAAAUCUCACCGAGCAGAUACAUGCCUUACAGCAUAGUUUUGAUGACGACCUCGACGUCUUGAAGUCAAAAGAUCGACAGAGGAUCAAGAGUAUUUGUAGUUCAAUUACUUUGGUAAAUAACGACAGACUAGGUCAUCUUGAGACAGACACUCUAUCUGCUCAUAUCUUGCUCUGUGAGGAGCUGGAUGCCAUGCUGAAGGAGGUUACUGAUCACACUUCUGCGGAAGCUAUUAAGAAGAAAGCACACGAGAAGAGGUUCAAACCAGCAGACGAUACUCAGCUUGACCUCGGGAGCAUCUCAGGAUCAGAUCCCAAGAUGAAAGUCAUUACGUGUGUUGAUCUACGGGGAGUGAUGCUCGGUAUGACAAGGUACUCCAAUAGCACUGUCGCUAUCGGGUAUGGGAGCAUUGCACAAGGUAUUGAUAUCAUUGAUUCAAAUGGAGGAAAGCAGCGAUAUAGUAACAUAUUAGCCUUAAAUGACAUGAAUUGUUAUGAUCUGGUUGUGCAACGGGACGGGGCGUUUUGCGUGUCCACUGGUUCUACAGAAGCCCACUUCUACUCUCGCUUUGGCUCUAGGAAAGCAACAAUCCACGUGAGAAACAAUUUUUAUUAUUAUCUCAGAGUUAACAGAAGUCCAUCAGAUGAAAUCAUCAUUACUAACUAUGGAACACAAAUCUAUAUCUAUGACCCGACAGGAUCCACUCUUAAACGCACUGUUCAAACAAAGCACAGGACGUAUCAGGCAUCAACCACCAGGACGGGUUUGAUCGUCACGAGUUCAUGUUGGGGCAAUCCACAUGAUCCAAGCGUGGUGACGGUCUAUGACAGGGAUGGGAAUGCUGGUGAGUCUCUACAAGCUCCAGAGGGUGUCUACCUGUAUGCUGCCGUGGAUGAGCUGGACAGGGUGUAUGUAGCGAGUGUUGAUGAGAAGAAUAGUAGCGUCGUGAUCAGGCUCUAUGAUCUUGAUGGUCUGAACCUGAAGGAAAGAGUUGAGUUCAAUGCACUUAAUAUGACAUUGGAUACUUGGUGGUGUUACUUGGUUUCCCUCUCUCCAGACAUGCUCGCCUUUGCUUGUUGCGAGAAGUUAUAUUUCAUGAAGGUAUCACUGUAAUCUACGUUAUAUCAUACCAUGUAGUAUGGAAACUGACAUGCUUUCAUCCUGCUACAAAUCUACUUUAACACGUGUCGAUAUAAAUUUACUUACCAUGUGAUAUCUUCAUCCAAUGAUAAAAUCAGUUAAUGUGAUAGAGAUACGGUACAAUUUAAUUCGUAGAAAAUGUGUUAAUUGAAAAAAAAGACUAUGUGUUGCAGCCACAAGCUCGAUAAAACGUGGAAAUUUUAACAUUUAAUUCAACAUACAAGUGAUAAAUAAAAUGAAUCAAUUACUGAAUUGUAAAAAUGCAAGUCAUUUUGCACCAAUUUUCCGAUUAUUGAAUAUACUAUUCAGUCUGCAACAAACACAGGCCUAUAUAUCGUGCUUAUCAUUGUAAUUAUCGAGUGAUAGCAAAAUUAUCAACUUAAAACCCGAAAUAUAACUAAGCAUUUAUUGAAAAUAUAACAAAGUAAUCAGCAAACGUAAUUAAAAAUAGAUCAAGAGAAUUACUAUGAUACAUACUAAUGAAUAUAUUUACAGUGCAAUAAGGGGUAUAAACGUACCAUAAGCAGAAAGAGUACACUCUACAGUAUUAGACCAUUUUGCUUUCACGUCAUGCGAAGUAUUCGUACCAUCAUACUCAUGCCUAUUCGCUAUUUGCUAUUCAGUUAAAUUAUCGUGGAUGAUGGACUGAUAAGAUGCUUUCUUUUUGACCGUCUAGAAGAUUCUUCCAUUUUAUUUUUGAUUAUUAAUUAUGUAAUCUUCUCCAAAAGGGAAAGAUGUACCAACCGCUUAAAACCAUUUAUUUGAGAAAUGAAAUAUUUGCUGGUAAAAACUUUUUGUAUAGGUAUUGUUUCAGAAUAGUCUUGAAAAAAUUCCAUUUUGAUUUCCUUUCUUUUAAGAAUGCAAACAAGACAUCUCAAGAAUAACAUUGUUUUCAGUCUUUUAAUUUGUCAUAAGUCCCUCUGAAUUAGAAUGAGUGCAAUAUAAUGGUAUUUUGUAUAUUAGUGAACAGAAGGAGAUACGAAUAGACACAUAUUCAUUUUGUGAAUAGAUGCAUGGAGAUAUAAACUUCAUCUUAAUCAUUAUAUACAAGAUCUCGAAGAUCUCGCAUGAUGCUGCAUAUACACAAUGUAUUUACAUGUAUGUAUACAAUGUAUAGUAAAAUUACCAGACUUACACUAUCUUUAUAUUAUGGUAUAUGUAGAUGCAUUCUUAAGAAUUGUUUAUGUUGCAGUCAUAUUACACUACGGGCGCCUUACGGCGAGUCUAAAUCAGCCGUUUGAUCUAAUUUUAUUCAAACCACC